AUGUUGAAAAGCAACCAGGAGGGACACUUGCGAGCCGAGAGGGAUUUCUUGGUUGCAUCAGAGGGAUCGAGGUGGAUCGUGCCCCUGAUCGCGAGUUUCCAGGAUGCUGCCAAUCUUUACCUGGUCAUGGAGUAUAUGCCUGGUGGUGAUUUUCUUGGUCUGCUCAUCCGCGAGAACAUCUUGCAUGAAACCGUGGCUCGCUUCUACAUUGCUGAGAUGAUUGUCUGCGUCGAAGAGGCCCAUGCUCUUCGUUGCAUACACCGCGAUAUCAAACCGGACAAUUUCCUCGUCAGUGCAUCUGGCCAUCUCAAGAUCUCGGAUUUUGGCCUGGCGUUUGACGGCCAUUGGAGUCAUGACACGACCUACUACACCAGCACUCGCUAUUCCCUCCUGAAGAAGCUAGGCAUCAACGUCGACGGCGACGAGCAGGAUCGCAAGUCCGGCAAAGCACGGCAUGCUGCCACCACUAUCGCCGGGCUGGAGAAGCACGAGCCAAAGAACGGAUACGACGUUGGCACCAGCCAAUACAUGGCACCCGAGUGGAGCAUUGGUGUGAUUCUAUAUGAGUGCCUCUAUGGGCACACGCCGUUCUUGGCGGAAGAAGGUCGACACCAGACAAAGCAGAACAUCAUUACGGAAAGACUAUGCUCACAACGCUACCGCUUGAGGGACAUUGCUGCCCUGGCAUCUUCGGCCCCUAGUCCGGCAGGUUAUAGCUCACACCAACGGCCUACGGACUUUGCCGACCGCUAUGUCUAUCCAUACGACGCCGAAGACAUCAAGUCACACAAGUGGUUCCGCGGUGUGCCAUGGGACAGACUCCAUCUGUUGCCUCCUCCUUUUAUCCCGUCGCUGCGUUCCACCGACGACACGCAAUAUUUCGAAGAAGACGACCCCAUUAGUGACCGGAUGGACAGCAGCAGCGAGUCUUCAGAGGCAUCCGCGGAGCCUGACGACAACCUGACAGCAGAGCAGCUGGAGCUCAGAGAACAGCAGCGCGAGCUGAAGCGCGUCAACCGCGAGAACGAGAUGCGAGAUGCUCUCCGGGGGUUUGGACGCAGCAUCCAGCGCUUGGCGUUGGGGUGGGUGGCCGCCCCCUACGAUGCCACACGCCUCCGCAAUGUGGAUCAGUGUAUCGAUCAGCUGCUGGGCGUGGGCGACCUCGACAAGGAGGUGCUGAAGCAGUUUGUGCGCUGCUUUGGACGGAAGGAGCGCAAGAGGCCGCGGGAUCGACUCCUGCGCGACAAGGGCACCAAGGGCAUCGUGCUGGAUCUGAGGAAGCGCCAUGCUUUCUUGGGCUACACGUGGCGACGGAGAAGGGCGUCGCCGACUCUGCCCGCCACGAGCGCUCCCAGAGGCGGGCUGGAGCAGCUUGGGUUCGGGCCCACGAGCGAGCUGGCAUCUCUGCGAGCCUUGCAUGGGGCGAGGAUGGGCGUGUGA